AUGCUUCGAUUUUACGAAACACUUAAAGAGCGCUACACUCUACAAGACCAACUUGAUCCAAUUACUUUGGAUCAUAUUGAUGAAAGUAAUGAAUGGUUGAUCGGAACACUCGAAGAAGAAGAUGGUCAAGAAGAAAAUGAGUUGGUCUUUGAUGAUGACGACCUCACAUGGGGAGAUGUAGCCGAGGCUAGUGGUGUUAGAGAACCCAUAAGGCAAACUAGAACAUAUACAAGAUCUAAAGGAAAGUCGCCUGCUACUCCCGCUCCUACAACUUCAAGAGUUCGAAAAUCAGUGCAAGUUGUGGUUAGUGAUGAUGAUGAUGACACCGAAGAAGAAGAAGAAGAAUUGUUGGAAAAGGGAGAUUGUGAGGACGUCCAAGAUGAAGAGAAUUUAGAUUUAGAUGAGGAUGAUGAACUUUGA